AUGGAUCUUCCGGCGCCUUCAGUCUUGACUCAAUUGCCCCGACCGCUCCAAGCUGCCACUGGGAAAACGCAGGUCGGUGAAGUUUUCAGUCUCGCCGAAUCAAAGAAGAGGAAAAGAUAUGAAAUCGCUGUCGCUGUCGACGGCGAAGGUGUCAACGUAUACAAUGUGCAAUAUCCCAAACUUGUCACGUCGUAUGCUGUACCCCCGCAGUCCGAAUUUUCUUGUUGCCCAAUCUCUAUACGUUUGAGAGACAAGCAGUCAUCAGCGGUAAAAAGAUAUACUUAUUGCGCUGUCGGACGACCGCAAAAUCAGAUCAAAGGCUUUUUCGAAGAGAUUGUAUCAGGAUCAACAUCUGCGCCUGUUAUAACGUCUGCUUCAUAUGCUUUGAAGGGUUCGCGAAGCCCUGUCAUCUUUGUGGGCAUCAUUCCCGGCUCGUCGAGCGAAAGCAGUUCUUCAAAAGAUUCAUUUGAUGUACUCGUAGUGCACAAAGACGGAUCGAUAAGAAGGCUUACAUCUGAUCUGGAAACUGAAAAAUGGAGCGUUAAACCAGCAGGACUCGAUAAUGGAAUUGUGGCUGCUUUUCUUGUCGACCACGAUGAUGCCAAGAGAGCAUUGUUCAGAAGGCGUCCCGAUCUUGCUACAUUAGCUGUUGGAGACGUCUCCAUAUCAGCAAACAACAUUCCACCAGUACUUUUGCUCGUUACUCAAGCAGGUAGCUCGCACGCUGCCAAAGUCCAUAUGUUCUCCGUUACGUCUGGUGCUGAGGUUACAAGCUCGAACGAACUGCAACAGCUUGAAACUGUAGAACUACAUAAAAUUGAUGGAUCACAACCCGAUGCCGAGGAGAUACAGUGGACUUUCCAUCCCGGAUCUGCAGGAUUGGGUCUGUCAUUCCGACAUGGAUACGUGAACUACGAUCUUUCUCAAUAUCCACCAUCAUGCACGUCCAGCCUGAUCCUUGCGGAUGAAGACUUCUCUUCUAUUAUGCGUAUCUCACCCAACUCCGUCAUUGGUGCUGGGAAGUCGCUCAUCGCUUUAUACGACACGCACUACUCAUCCAUUCAGCGCAGUAUAACCCUACGUGAGCUUUCAGCCAACAAGUCGCUUGGAAAGUAUGAUUCCAAGACAGUCACGAAGUUUGUAGGGUAUUUUGCCAAACUAGGCAUUGCAUUGGCUAUUAAGGAAAAUACACUUCAAGCCUUCGACUUGUCAUCGACACAUUCCAUACGAGGAACAUCCAUCAAACGUCAACGUGACGGCUUACUUAUAGAUGCCAUUGGACGUGGUGUUAACUCAUCUUCUGCAAGCGUCAAUGACCCAGCUGUCUUACUCGGUCUCAAAUCUACCCAAGAAGUUCACAAAUGGAAUGCUUUCAAGAGCGAACUUGAAAAGGCAUCCAAGGCAAAAGAUGUUGUUUCUUUUGAUCAAGCCGUUGUUGGAUACUUUGGUCCUUCGGUAGAAAGUCAAGCACCAACAGCUGUUCACCCGGAACAAAUCACCCCCAUUCUUUCCCAGAUUUUUACUGUACGACAACAUGAUUUUGGAAAUUUGAAAAAUGCUUCUCCGACACUGGAGGUUGCUGUGUGGCCCGAAAAGACUUGCAGGUGGUUGGUGAAAAUUGGACAGAUGUCUGUGAAUCAAGUCAACAUUGCAGUCCGUCGGGCCAACAGACCCCAAGUCCUUCCCCCAUUCGAGCCUGGCGCAUUGGUACGCGCUCUCGCGGAGUGCGACAAGUCGCUGAAAGCUCUUACUAUGGUCUUGACUGGGCCAGUUUCACUUGAUCGAGAGGAGCUUGCACGCGCUUUGAAGAUCUUUCUCGACGAAGCUCGGGCGCGUUCAAUGGCACUGGAUCAAUCAGCGACAAUGACCAUAACAGGUAUUCCGGGUGGUGAGAUGACCACGGACGAAACACAGCAGAAAUUCGCUCCUUCGUCUCCCACGGAAGCUUCCUUGGAGGAUGCAUUCAUAGGGCUCAAUUUGACACUAUCCCGAUUACACGACUACCCAACGAACCAAAUAGUCUCAUGCCUACGUUCAACGCUAUCCAAUACAGACACUCUCGCAAUUGUCCAUCAUCUCCGUGUCUCUCUCGCCACUGGCGGAUACACAGCACGCUUUACCGAAGAACCACCUAUCCCCCUAGAGGCCAUCAAAGCCGCGCCUCCGCUAUCUCUCAAAGCAAUCAUUGACUUGAUGAAUGCCAGUGUAGAUGCGAUUGGACCAUCAGGCUGGAUCUCUGCCGUGGAAUUUGCGGGUGCAGCCGUCAAUGAAGCUGAAAUGAUUUCACAUAUGCAAUCCGAAAUCUCCGCCGCAUUGGCCGGUAUCGAGGAAGCAGCAUAUAUGAAGGGUAUCGUAGGCGAGUUUAUCCGUUACGGUACUCGAGUAUCAAAAUCUACCACCACCAAAGCCUCUUCCACCGCCCCUGAAACUACAACGGCUACCAUCACCAUGGACGCCAAAGACAUCAAUAACGGGGAAUACACCACAAUCAUCAACGACGGUACCCGCGCCCGCAUCAACCGCGAAUACGACCCUUAUGGCAAACUCUGGGAAACAUACACAUUCCCCAAAGCAGGCGAAGAAGACGGGAAAAUGCUUCCAUUAUCACUCAACACGCCCGAUUCGGAAGUUAGUCGGACCAAGAUUCAGAAAUCAACUGGUGAGGUUAAGCAGAGGACCAAGAGAGAGAUUGCGUAUUUGCAGAGACAGGCCGUGCCGGAUUAUUCUGUUGUUAGGAUACACUUGUAAAAUUUGGGUUUUUGUUUUGUGCGGAUAUAAGUCCAGAGGGAGUCAGGUCAAGUGAUUAGGGACACGGUUCAGCGAUGAUGUUUUGCGAGUCUGUUG